AUGGUGCCAUCUAAAGGAUUAUCUAGUAAUGAGGUAGUGUUGCUUUUUGUGAAAGCGAACGUAUACCUCCACCCUACAACCUCAAAGAAGGACAACGUACCCGGUUACUUAACCUUAUCAAAGGGACCUCAAUCAGCUAACACAGACAUAUUACUCUCGUUCACUCCUGAGACUCAAUUGUCCAAAAAAGAUGCGAGCAUCUACGAAAGGGCGAACCAGGAGGGUUGUGAUCCGGAUCUAAAGACCAAGUCUGGAGAUCACUCGAGGGCCUCGAAACAGUUGAUAGUUUCGAAGCCUCCAAUUUCUGAGUUGUCUGGUUAUUCAUUUAGUACUCCCUUGUCUUUCAUAUACUCGAUACAAGUGAGAAUGCCUUCGUUAGGGUUCUGGUUUGGGUCUUUCGUCAUAUAUACGAAAAACGGAGAAAAGUUGCCAAUCGUGUUCUUCCAUGAUGACCUUCAGUCUACUAGCAAGAAUCAAGACGUCAAUUCUUUUCUUGAAGGGUUCGAAGAUUCUGGUGGUUUGCUGUGGGGAGGUAAGCAAUUCAUGGAUGCACUUGGCAAAGUCAUAAAUGUAGAGAAAUCAGAAUUGGAACCUUCUGUAUACUUGAUAAACCCUGAUUCUACAGAUCUUAGAAACUUUGCUCCAUAUAAGAAACCGGGCUCUCAGCAGAAUCAAUCGAAACAAGAUCCGUUUAAAAUGCCGGACAUCAACAAAUUUAUUUCGACGGCAAAGUGGAAGGUUUUGGAGACCGUUGCGACUCUCACGGCAAAGGGUAAGAGCCUGGUCUUGGAUAUAGUAGAAGAACAUGCGCCUACACCUGUUAAGCAUGUUUUGAAACUUCCUGAAGUGCAUAAAGUGGGAAAUGAUUUUGAUAGUGCUAGAGUUUAUUUGGCAAAAUGGGCUCAACAAGUUAAACAAGAAGCUGAAAUGUAUCAAAACAAAUAUAUGCUAGAUGAAGGGAUAUAUAAUAGUAUUAACAAGGAAUUGGGUUCAAGUGAAUACUUGACAGAAGAGGAAGUUAAUAGCACUUCAAGAAGAAAAGAGAUCAGCAAAAGUGAAUGGGAAUCGUUUUUUGAUUAUAGUGGAAGAUUAUGCAUUACUGUACAUGAAGUUAAAAAUAGGAUUUUUCAUGGUGGGUUAGAAGAUUCAAUCAGAGGGGAGGCCUGGCUAUUUCUCUUGAAUUUGUAUCCUUGGGAUUCUUCUAGGGAAGAAAGAGAGGCCCUCAAAAGCAGUUAUGAAACAUCAUACGAAGAAUACAAAUUAAAAUGGGUUAACGAUGAUGAUAAAAGAAAUACAGAAUAUUGGAAAGAUCAGAAGCAUAGAAUCGAAAAGGAUAUACACCGUACAGAUCGACAAUUACCUAUUUUCAGAAGCAAGAAAAGUUCAGAUUCGUCUACUUCUUCAGCUUCACCAGAGACUGGUAGAGAAUCUUCUCCAGAAACUCCAGAUGAGGACGCCGUGGAGGAGGAGGAUAACGAUGAUGAAUUUAAUUUGGCUAACAUAAGAAAUCCCCACUUGUUCAUAAUGAGAGAGAUUUUGCUUACCUACAACGAAUAUAAUGUCAAUUUAGGAUAUGUUCAAGGUAUGACUGAUUUGCUUUCUCCUAUCUAUGUCAAAAUUCGAAGCGAGGCCCUAACAUUUUGGGCGUUUUCUAAAUUCAUGGAGAGAAUGGAAAGAAAUUUUGUCAGAGAUCAGUCGGGAAUGAGGAUACAAAUGACAACUUUGAAUCGCUUGCUACAGUUUAUGUUACCUAAUUUAUAUAAGCACUUGGAAAAAUGUGAAGCAAUUGACCUAUUUUUCUUCUUUCGGAUGCUCUUGGUAUGGUUCAAACGAGAAUUGGAUUGGAAUGAUGUAUUAAGAUUAUGGGAAAUUUUAUGGACUGACUACUAUACCAGCCAGUUUCAUCUCUUUUUUGCACUUGCUGUAUUGAGUGACAACGAACGUAUCAUUGUCCAAAAUUUAAAGCAAUUUGAUGAAGUUUUGAAAUACAUGAAUGAUCUAUCAAUGAAAUUGCAGUUAGAUCCUUUACUUAUAAGAAGUGAAUUACUUUUCUUAAAAUUUAGCAGAAUGAUCGAUAUUAUUGACAGGGAUAACGGCAUGAAACGUUUAGAGGGUGACCCAUACGGUUCGAAUGAUUCUACGGAGGGCGUGGUUGAAAUAGGGGAUGAGCUAAGACAGUUAUUGAGUAAGGACAUUAUAAUACAGAAAGAAGUCGAAAGGAGUGAUGACUUUGGGGGUGGUUAA